AUGUACGGGGAAAAUUCUUCCCCAAAACAAACGGCUUGUAGAAGAAUCGUUGAGUCGUAUCACAUAACAUACCCCGAUCUAUGUAAAAAGGGUCAAAUACGCGUUUGUCUGCGUUGGAGAAAUCAACUCAUACAAAAACGGAGACUGAUCAAGCCAGUAUAUGCAAUUCUGAUUGGAAUCGCGAUCAGAGAAAAGCAAGAAAUCGAAUGGAGAAAAAAAGAAGAAGUGGCGGUCGGAGUUCCUUAUUAUGCGUAUUCCGCCGGAAACCCUCAUCAAGCCGGCGUCAUCCCUCCCAACGCUUUCGUCGGCGAUCCCAAAGGCGUACCCAUCCACCAGACUAUUUUCCGCGACACUCCUGCUCCUUUCAAUUGUGUUCACUGUUCUAACUCUGGCCUUACUACUGUCAGGUCAAAACCAAGCCUGGCAGCAUUAGUUGGUUGCAUGAUGCCAUUUAUGCUUGGUUUUUGCUUUCUUUGUCCUUCAAUGGACUGCCUCUGGCAUAAGUAUCACUACUGUCCUCAAUGCCAGCAAAAGGUUGCAGAUUUUGAGAAAACAGAUCCGUGUGCUGUGAUGGAUCCUCCAAACUGGACACAACAGAGCUUUGCUUUGUCUGCAUAAUGUGACGAGUCUGUCAUCCACACAUUGACUUGAACUAUUUGCAGCUUCAGACAGUGCUUUGUCUUGUUGUUACUAUCCUCCACAUUUGUCUUUUACAUGUAUUGCCAAUUUGUCUGCGUCAUGCUCUCUGUACAUCUAUGUUACGCAGCUGUAAUGUGCUCAUAACUUGGAAGAAUUUAAUUUUUUUUUAUCUUUUUCGGGAAAAACAAAGAACCAUUUGUCAAUAACUUAAUAUAUUAGAAAUAGUAUUGCUGGUCUUCGCA